UGAUGUCACGUGACUAAGGUCAGAGUUCAAAGUCAUAGGUACGCUUCGUAAAUAUGGCGGCCCUGGUCGGACGCAGGGCGCUUUUACAAGCUUGCCGCUUGCAUUUUACAGACAAUGAUAACGCGUGCAAGCUCGGUUCGUCCUUCUUCUCUUCAAGAAAGUAUGCCGGCUACUCUAUAUCCUUUUGCCCGCCGUUUGACUUUGGCGCACUAGCACGACAGUAUAGCUCAGAGGCAAAGGACGACUUGCUCGUGAGGUACCUUGACGGAGAAGAUUACGGUAUAGUGGUUGUUGGGAUAAACCGACCAAAAGCCAAAAAUGCUAUAAGCAAAAAUCUGGUAAAAAUGAUGUCUGAUGCUGUAGGGGAUAUAAAAAAGAAUAACAAAAUCCGCAGUGUAAUUUUUUGCAGUCUGGUUCCAGGGAUCUUCUGUGCAGGAGCAGACCUUAAGGAGAGGGCCAAGAUGCAUCAAAGUGAAGUGGGACCAUUUGUGUCCAAAGCAAGAGCACUAAUCACUGAACUGGGCAACCUACCAAUGCCCACAAUUGCUGCACUUGAUGGAGCUGCCUUAGGAGGAGGCUUGGAAAUGGCUCUGGCAUGUGACAUCAGAGUUGCCUCAAAUUCUGCAAAAAUGGGACUUGUUGAGACUAAACUUGCAAUUAUUCCUGGGGCAGGUGGCACUCAGCGUCUCCCCAGGGUGAUUGGUGUGUCCCAUGCUAAAGAGUUGAUGUACACUGCCCGGGUGGUGGAUGGAGCAGAGGCUUGUCGCUUGGGCCUGGUCAGUCAUUCUGUGGAGCAGAAUAAGAGUGGAGAUGCUGCCUAUCUGCGAGCUUUGGAGCUUGCGCGUGAGAUUAACCCUCAGGGUCCAAUUGCAGUGAGAAUGGCAAAAUUGGCUAUCAAUCAGGGUAUAGAGGUGGAUCUGUCAACUGGCUUGGCUAUUGAAGAAGCAUGCUAUGCCCAAGUGAUACCAACCAAAGAUCGACUGGAAGGUUUAGCUGCAUUUAAGGAAAAGAGGCGUCCUCAGUACAAGGGAGAGCAAUACGACUGCGCCCCGGGGCAUUUCUACAAAUAGGUUUGUAGAGUUAUAAACUUGCUUUAAUACAACCAGUGUAAAACAAAAACACACUUGGAUACAGUUUUCUUGAUAAUUCAAAUAUAUUGUUUUCUUCUGCUUCUCCUCAUCAAUAUGGCCCCACCCAUUCCGUCUUCCCAUGUUUUGGUGGUAGUCAGCAGAGGAAUGUGACACAAUUUGUCCAUUCAAAAUCAUUGUACAUACAUUGCUAAUUAUGUCCAAAAACAGCUCCACAAUGUAUGUGGACAUCUCUACUUAUGCCCACUGAAAUCUUUAAAUAUACAGUAUCUUGACGAUUAGCCUCUGUAUGGCUCACUUAUGAGGGAAUAAGGAAGCUGUAUUGUUUGUAGGUCGUUAUGUAUUUAAUUUCAGUCUAUAGGGGUUAGCGUGACUUAUCUUUUUCUCAAGUCCACCUCGCCAACAUGUAUCCAAAGAUGAUGCACCUUAAUUUAUGCCUCCACAGUUGGCUAGAGGGUCAGCUCCCGAAAUGGAGCUCAGGUACUCUGAAUUUUUCAAAGGUCAUCCAUUCAGCCAUCUAUUUAUUUUCUACACUGCAUAUUUUCACUAGGUUUAUGGGUGCCCUGAAAUUUUCAAGGUCCAUCAGAAGUUGAUACACUCAAAGCGGUCAUUUCAACGAGCGCAAUCCGCAUGCAAUGUGGAGCUCUGUUUCUGGCUGGACAGAAGCCAGCAUUCCCCAAGCUAACUUUGGCUGAAUACGUGGCGUUCAGCUAACUGGUUUGUCUACUAAAUGUGUC